AUGUCGAUGUACGCGUUUGGAAGGCAUUCGUUUCGGACGUAGCGAUCGCGUUCGAACGUCCUCUCCAUCAUACACGUCACAUUAUUAUUAUUAUUAUUAUUUCUUUCGUUUUAUAUACUGCAAAGUGGCACCUGACGCAUCAUAACGUCAUCAAACAUUGCUAUUGUCUUAAGCUGCGUCGAAGGUUGUUACCGGCAUCUCGUUUCUACGCAGUCGUUACCGUUCUCUCGUGUCGUUCGGUCAACAUAAUAUAAUAUCGUAUUUUCGACGUGGCUUUUCGUGUUGGCACGAGAAAAAUGUCACUCUCCAAGUGCGGUCUCACGAUUUUCGCGUGUGUCGCGAUAUUAGUAUUGCAGUCUGUAGUCGAUUCGAUUGACGCUUUACCGACCACAGAGCAAUCAUUGUCGCAGUCGUCCACACCGCUACCGCUGUCAUCACGAGAUACCGAAGAAGAAGUACUUGGCACGAGUGCUUUAACUACUACGUCAACCGAUGUAGUGGCUAGUGAUUAUGUGGUAAAGGAAACGUCUUUGGUUGAUAGUGAAAAAGGCCAUGUUCAUAAGCCUAUUAAAAAAAAGAAACCUUUGGGCAAGCACAAGAAGAAAAAGCAUUCAUUUAAGGAUAAAUUCUUGCCUCUUCUUUUAAUACCAUUUGUUAUUCAAACCAUGCUCAUACCAUUUUUCAUCAUGAAAUUGAAAUUGUUAGCUUUGAAAGCAAUGGCAGUGGGCAAGUUUGCAAUUCUGUUGAUCGUUUUUAAUAUGAUACGUAGUUGGUCACAAAAUGCACACAGUACUUCGAUCCGUGGCUCAACUGGGGAUUCAAUGCUCAUGGCUCAAAAUUACGGUUUCAGCGGUGUUCCGGAAUUUGGAGCAAUAUUUAAUGGCCGUUAGUAAUUGUCCAGCAGACAGUUUUUCUAAUGCUUAAUAAUUUAUUAAAUUUAUAAUGUAAUGCUCUCUGCACAUGUUCGAUAUCGGACGUAGUGCUAUAUUGACAUAAGACUAUUUAUGAACAAAAUCACCAAUGAUGUAUUAUAUAUUAUAUUAAUGAAUGUAAUAUCUCGUAAGGUACAUUACCUACAUUUUAUUAUAUAUUAUGUUAUCAUCAACCAUGACUCAAAAUUAGAUUCAAUGUAUGUUUUUUUUUGUGCCUUAUAUAUUAUAAUAU